UUAUCUGUUAUUUCUCUAACGACUUUCUUGUUUAAAAUAAAAUUUGUGUCUCAAAGUUAAUUUGUUUCCCAGAAACAUUCGUAAAAUAAAAUAUUUAUUGUGCUGUUUUCUUAUUUAAAACUUCACCAUGAUGUACAAUAAUAUGUUUUACUACCAAACAACCCCGCAAACUUCGUUUCAAAAUCCACAAACUCCUAUCCAGAACCAUUUGUUGCAAUUGGCUCUGCCACCACAUCCAGAAGAACAACCUCCCAUUCCAACCAAUUCCUCUUCAUUGCCAGUCACUUAUCCUUAUUCACCACCACCUCCGCCACCGGUUGUAUAUUCCCUAAUUCAAACCAAUGGCCGCAAGGUCUAUGGUCCACCAGAAGACUGGGUUGGCCCACCUCCGAGCAGUGCCUGUGAGCUUUACAUUCGGCGUAUCCCAAAGACCAUAAGUGAACAAAAGAUCCUCGAGCCAUUUCUUAAGUUCGGUAAGAUCUACCAGUUCCGAGUGCCCAUAGACUUUGUCCAAGGAAUCCGAGGCUACGCCUAUGUCAGAUACACCAACGAAGAGGACGCCUGUUGUGCCAUGGAAGUCCUCAAUCAUCACUUCAUCGAACAAGGCAAAACCCUGGACAUUGUUAAUUCGUGUGAGAAAUGCCGUCUCUUUGUUAGCAACAUUCCAAAGCAUUUAACUGAGGAAGAGAUCGAGACGGAGCUGAGAACGAUCUUCCCAGCAAUGCAACGAAUCCACUCGAAGGGGGCCGUAAGAGGCAAAGAUAAGAACCAAGGCUACGUCUUUGUGAACUUCGCCACCCACAAUGACGCUCUGGAGGCCAAGAAAAACACCUGUCCGGGAAUUGUUCGUCUUUUUGGACACGACUUGAAGAUCGUUUGGGCUAAUUCUGAGUGUGUCGAUAAUACACUAUCCAAUAAAACCCUUUUCGUUCGGAAUGUUGACCUCAAACUCAACAACAGAGACCUGAUUGAGGUCAUCGUCAAUCAUGUUCCAAGGACUACGGUGAGGAAAAUCUCCAAAGUCCGAACAAAUGCAUUUGUGGACUUUACUUGCCGUCAAGCGGCCGAAACUAUUAUGCAGAAGUUACAAGGAUCAAAAGUUGGCGAAAGCAAGUUUGUCAUUGAAUGGGCAAAGCCCUCAGCGCAACAAUCCCUGCAUCGCAUGCGUAACUCCGACUUUGAUGCUCUUCUGCGCCUCAAAUGCAUUGCAAAUAAUUGGAACAUUCCAGUGAUCAUCUUUGGAACAUAUUUUGAGGAGGCUAACCUCCAAUAUGCUGCAGUCUUGCUUCGCAAUGAGGAGUGUCCACUUCGCUUUAUAAUCGUCGUCUUAUUCACAAAAGAGCUCGUCGACAUCCAUGCCCGUUUGUGUGAAGUUGUUGUCACAUUAAUCGAUACUAUCGGAGGAUUUCCCGAUUGUAAUUAUGUUUUCUGGGCUCAAAAGGACACAGCUCAUUUACUUGGUGCGGUGAAUCCUAAUCCUCAUAUGACAUUCAUUGCUUCCCACCGAAUUCCGAAAGAGUUCAAACUCGAUUUGAUAGAAGUCAUCGAUCUCAGUUGGGGCUGUGGCAUGUUGGCCAAAGCCACAGAAAAACGACUCCUUCAGUUGUACAAACAAAGUUUCUUGGUCAAUGAACAAUUUACCUUCUUGAGUGAUUUCAUUUUCACCCAACGGAUCUUCGGGACUAUUAUGCCCAAGUACAGAGGCAAACCACCAUUGAAGUACAAUUUGAAUGACAGUCAGAUCGUUUUGGCCCUGUGCUACCAAGCAACGGGGAUUAAUUGUUCGUUUGUUGGGCGAGAAUACAAACCAUGGGAGUUGACCGGCUUGGAUUGUGGUCACAAUGGUUUGCCAUUCAUGUCGAUGACGCUUUUGCCACUUUCUCUGACUCAGUCGAGAUUUGCAUCGUCAUUUGUACUGCAUCAAGUUAUAUUUGGGGGGACGAAUUAUCAUUCCCCGUCGCAGUGUAGUAUGGUUCCACCUUUGUGGAUCUCGGGUACCUCAUAUGCGGAGUCUCUGAAACAAGUUUCCACAAUUCCACCACCGGUGCUGAGUGGUGUUUGUGAUCAAUGAGGAGAUGGAGAAGUAUUUCAAAAGUUACAUAUAUUUAUUUUGAAUUGGAUUGGAUUUUUAUUUUUGUUAUGUUUUUUUAUAUAUUUUAUUUUUAUUGUUUUUAAUUUUAUUAAGCUUAUGUGGGAAUUUGAAGUUUUUUUUUUAAUUUUUUUUAAAUGUUUGCUAAUUUUAUACUGAACACUUUUGUUUUAUUUAUUUCUUAAGCUUUUCUCUUAAUUUAUUGUUGCUUUCGAGAUGGACUAGAAAUUUGAAGUUCUUUUGUAUUGCAUUGCAUCUGGCCAUCCGUAGGUUUGAAAUAACUUCUUUUUUGUAUGCAUCGAAUAUAAUUUAAGCUACAAAACUUUGUCUACUCUUUUUUUUCUAUUUUUUGUAAUUAAAAGAUGUUUAAAAAAUAACCGAAUUAGAUUUUAAAAUGCAACUUAAAUUGCACGAAACUUUAUUUAACACAAGAACAAAGCUAAGAAAGUGAUAUAAUCAUUUUAUUUUAUUUUAUUACAAAUCUGAAUUAUUAAAAAGAGAUUUUCUUCCUUUUUUUUAAUCACCAAUUGAA